CUCUUUUAACUUUUUCAUUUUCUUUUUCUCUCGCAAAAACCUCAUAGUGUCGACAUGGGUUACUGCCAAGACGACCAGCUAGUGAACACGAUCUGCGACCUUUACGACAAGAUCUCAAAGCUCGAGACUCUGAAGCCCUGUGAAGAUGUCGACACUCUCUUCAAGCAGCUCGUGUCCACAUGCAUACCACCAAACCCUAACAUCGACGUCACCAAGAUGUCCCAAAGCGUCCAAGAGAUGAGAUCAAACCUCAUCAAAAUCUGUGGUGAAGCUGAAGGUUACUUGGAGCAUCACUUCUCUUCAAUCUUGACUUCUUUUGAAGACAACCCACUUCACCAUUUGGAUCUUUUUCCUUACUACAACAACUAUCUCAAACUAAGCAAGCUUGAGUUCGAUCUCCUUGAUCAAAACCUUAACGGAUCUGUUCCUAAGACUGUUGCUUUCAUUGGCUCUGGUCCUCUCCCUCUUACUUCUGUCGUUCUUGCUUCUUUCCAUCUCAAAGACUCGAUCUUUCACAACUUUGACAUUGAUGCAUCAGCAAACUCGGUUGCAGCUCGUUUGGUUUCGUCUGAUCCUGAUCUCUCUCAACGUAUGUUCUUUCAUACCGUUGAUGUAAUGGACGUGACCGAGAGCUUGAAGGGCUUCGACGUUGUGUUCUUGGCUGCUCUUGUAGGGAUGGAUAAAAAAGAGAAGGUUAAAGUGAUCGAGCAUCUUGAGAAACACAUGUCUCCUGGUGCUUUGCUCAUGUUGAGAAGUGCUCAUGGACCAAGAGCUUUUCUCUAUCCUAUCGUUGAACCUUGUGAUCUCCAAGGUUUCCAAGUUUUAUCUGUUUAUCACCCGACCGAUGAAGUUAUCAACUCCAUUGUAAUCUCAAGGAAGCUCGAUGGAGAUGGUAAUGGUCAUGUUGCUCAUGAUGAUCACAUAGAUCAAGCUUCUGAUCUCGCUUGUAACUGUUCCAAGAUCCACGUGAUUAUGAACAAGAAGAAGAACAUUAUCGAGGAGUUCGCAGGCGCUAAUGAAGAACAACUUACUUAGAAAAACC